UGUGAGGCACGAAGGAGGAGGAGGAGCAGACCCCAGAGUUCUCACACACGCUCACAGUUGAGAUGGCUCACUGAAAAGGGACCCUCGGCAGACGGAUUUAUUUCUCUGUGUGGACGCAACUACUUCCUUAACAAUCAUGAACCAACUAGCAAAAGCUCUGUAUGACAACACAGCAGAGUGUGCAGAUGAGCUUGCCUUCAGAAGGGGCGACAUCCUCACGGUGAUAAAUCAAAGUGUGGCUGGCACCAGCGGGUGGUGGAUGUGCUCUCUGUAUGGACGACACGGCCUGGCACCUGCAAACAGACUGAAGCUUUUACCACAGACAGGAACAUCAACAGUCCCUGAAAGAAACAGAUCAACUUACAGUAAAACUGAUGACAGUGUGCAAAAUAUCUACCAGACACCCAGCGUACCCCGAACCACCAGCAGCCCAACUUAUGAACGCAUGGACAUGCUCUACAAUGUCCCGUUCACUUCUUUAUCAGGUUUAAAAGGUCCAGACCCAUCAGCAUUUAAGCACAGCACAGAAGGACCUGAAGGAAACAAGCCUUUAUUCUUCAAUACGGCAUCCAGUCCAAAUGGAAAGGUCUACGAUGUCCCGAAACAAGCCCGACGAGCUUCUCUUUUCACUAAAUCAACACCUCCUAUACCAAUGCCACAAAAACAAGGUAUUUCAGUUCUGGAGCAGGAGAAGAAGCUUGAGUCUCUGGAGAGUUUAAGAUGUAGCAGCCCAGAAGACUCUUAUGUGUAUGCUGUCCCACCACCACCCCAUCAGGACCCAAAUUAUGACAUCCCUGUUCCAUCAGCCAAAGAAUCCCAACACAAAAUGAUGCCUGAAUACGGCACCCUUCCCAACCCUCGCAAGCCUGAGUGGAUCUAUGAUGUACCCAUGGCACCUGAGAAACAAAGCCCAUCCCAAGGCAUCUAUGAUACCUUGCCCUCCAAAGCAGUUUACAAACAGCUCUAUGACACUCUCCCAGCACAUGCCUCAACAAUUCAAGACAGUUCAGCUUUUUUGCUUUAUGAUAUACCCAAACCAAACUCUCCCGACAUCCCAAUUCCACUCACAGUAUUACAAAAAGUUUCAGAUUACAAAAAACUGUCUCAGAGGCCGACAGAUGAGUCAGUAUAUGUGGUUCCACCCAAGGAGGAACCCCUUAUUCAAGCUGUCACCGAUCAGCCCAAUGAUCAAAAGCCCCUUGAAUGCAGGGGUGACUCAACCAAUACUCUUGAAUUCCAGAAAGUGCGUCUGCAGCGGAUGAGGAACUUUCUGGCCUGUACGUCCUUUCACAACCUCCAAGGAAGCGGGGAAUCAGUGUUGCAUGAAGAUGCGCAAGCUAGAAACCCGCGGCUCUCUGCAGCAGAUAAUCAAAGAAUCAGCACAGCCUCCAGCUCUUCCAGCAGCUCCUGUGACUCUCUUGCUCUGAGCUCCUCUUCUCCAGAGCUUCUGCGGGAAGUAACACUCAGUCAGGAUGAGGCCUCCCGCAAACUACUGGACCUACAGGAGUCUGUUUGCAGAGCUGUGCCCAAACUCAUGGAGUUUGUCAGCAGUCAUUGGAGGCACAAAGAACAUUUGGAGAAACAUCUCCAGGAGAUCAAAGAAGCAGCAGAGGGGAUUGCAUGUUCUCUGACAUGCUUCCUAAACUUUGCCCUUGAUGUUAAAGGAAAUGCCCGUCGUCUGACUGAUGCCAACCUGCAGACCAGGCUCUGUAAACAGCUCUCCGUUGUAGAGGAUUCGGGUGUGAUUCUACAACAAACAGUGAGUGAUCUGAACGUGGUCAGUUGGCCUCUAAACAAGCUCUGUCAGGAACCAGGGCAGGUCCUGACGCCUGACCAACUGGACCGCUUUGUUAUGGUGGCACGCACUAUUCCAGAAGAUGUAAAGCGCCUGGUGUCCAUUAUCAAUGCCAAUGGCAAGCUUCUGUUCCGAACUCCUCAGAAAGAUCAAGAGUCUGUAAACACCACAGAUCCUCCAGAGACAAAGAAAAGUCCUGAUAAAACCAAACAAGAAGGGGACGUAGUUGAGGAUGACAGUGACUAUGUAGAGCUGCAGACUAAGGAAGAGGAAAACAAGCAGCAGGAAGUGCAGAAGGAACCAAAAGAAAAUAUCACACCAGUCACAGGCACAGCACAGGCUGAUACCAAGCAGCCCUCCUCUGAUUCUGCCAGUGGCACAGAAGAACAACAAUCACCUUCCCUGUCAGAGCACUGCAGACUUUACUUUGGCGCUCUCCAAAAGGCCAUUGGUGGAUUUGUGGUAAGCCUUCAGGAUGGCCAGCCACCAGAGAAAUUCAUCUCACAAAGUAAGCUGGUGAUUAUGGUGGGCCAGAGACUGGUGGACACUUUGUACAGGGAAGCCCAGCGUGGAGGGUCGAACCAAAGUCUCCUGUGUAAGAGCAACCAUCUGUGUGCUCUCCUGAAGCAGCUGGCCGUGGCCACCAAGAAGGCGGCACUGCACUUUCCCGACAGGCAAGCUCUUCACGAAGCUCAAGAGUUCGCAAAGCAGCUGGCCCAAAGAGCGCAGCACUUUCGCCUGUCUCUUGAUCUCUGAAAGUGCAGUAACCAUGGAUACUGAUUCGUUUGAACAGAAUUUUUUAUUUUUUUUAAUCCAUCAGUCAUUUAGCUAUUUUUUUAAAUAAAUUUUUGCAGUCUAUGACUUAUGAGCUUAAUUCUGCUGUUGCUUUUGCUGAUGAAUGCAGGUAAAAUAUUAACAAUUGUAGAAAAAGCCGCUGGCACAGGCUGAUUCAAGAAGGUAUUGCAUUUGUGCAAAAGGCAGCGUCAAUAUGAACUGCACAUUUAGGAUGUGCAAUUAAGCCAAUAUUAAAAUGCAUUUUAACAUUGGUGUGAAGAACAGAGUAUAAAAUAUUUUUCUAUAUUUUACAGGACAUGUAUAUUCUUUGAGUUUUGUUUGUUAUGUUUUGUUUUUUUUACUAUAUUAUUAUUGUGUAUGAAAUAUAUUCUCCAGGUUGUUACAGUCUAUUUUUUGUUAAUAUCUAUGUAAAUAUUCUUUAAAAAUGUGUUAUGCA